AUGCCAUCAAACGAAACGUUGACCGAUUACAACCUGCAAAUGAUCUUGAUGUCCAUGACCUCUCCAGCGGAAGUGGUGUCAACAGACGAGCAGGACAACAACGUGGUCACUGAUGUCGCUCCACCUGGCGAUCGAAGUUGUGACGCCAUGAGGACUAACAGCGAGAGUGUCAUCGUAUCUUUGAAGAUCUUCAUCUGUCUUUCCGUUGUUUUCAUCAUUGUCGGAUUGGUCGGCAACUUCAUCAGCCUUGCCGUCUUCACGUCACGUGACAUGAGGAAAAUCUCAUCCAACGUUUAUUUGCUCCUGUUGGCUCUUUCAGAUUCCAUCUACCUAAUUUCCAUUUUUUUCCGUAAAACGUUAGCCAUCUUCAAAUGCUGGGGCAUCAUUGAUUGGAACUAUGAUGCCCUGACGCACAGCAGAGCAAGUUGUAUGACUACGCUGUUCUUCGUCGACCUGGCCUCCAACUGUUCCAGCAUCUUAAUUUUGCUCUUCACCAUUGAAAGAUUCUGGGCAGUCUACUUUCCAGUUCAUUUCAAAGAGUUUUGUAACGUACGCAGAUCUUCCUAUGCUGGUUUAUUAUCAUUAGUUUUCAUUUUACUGACCACGCUACCGACGCAUGUGGCGUUGAUUGAUUUGAACACCACUUACAACAUUUGCUCGGUCGUUCAAACGAGCUCAGGCGUAUUCAUUACAGUCGAGAAUAUUGUCUACAGAGUAGUUCCAGCCUUCAUAAUUAUAGUUUUCAACAGUUUCAUCAUCAUCAGAGUUGCACAGAUCACAAAAACCAGAAACAAGAGAAGAACUGCAUCGGCUUCAGUUGCGAGGAAUAACGCGGUGACUACAACGGUGAGCAGCCACAAAAAUGACAUUUAUUGUAAGAAAGAUUUUCAAAACAAUUUAGGAUGUAAAAACAUUUCUAAAUUCAAGAAAAUUUCUGUCUUGAGACCUCCGCAACAAACUCAAGACAUUGAGAUGGAACAACUGCACGACAACAAAAACAACUGCGUUGAAGAAAACGACCGUAUCGAAAGCAACAAUAUUGUAAACAAUAUAAAAACAAACAACAACCACAACAAUGACGCAACAAACAACAAAAUGAACCAACAACAACAGAUGACAGCAGACGAGUUGACACCGCAUCAACAAAAACCACUCUCACCAGUUGAGCCGAAGCACGAACCGCAGCCUCACGUGCAACAAAUCGAACGCAAACGCAAACGCAAGGAAGACAAAAGUUUGCAGUUGACAAUAACUCUCAUUUUAGUUUCCAGCACGUACCUCAUCGCAUUUCUUCCAAGUUUCAUUUAUAGCAUUUUUGACACGUUGUCACUGAAUGGUUACCUCAGCAUACACAAAAGUGUCCGCAGAAUGGCAAAAAACUACACGGACCUCCUCUUCAUGACAGCGUUUGCAAAUAAUUUUUUCCUCUACACACUCAGCGGUAGAAUAUUCAGAGAACAGAUUAAGAAAAUGUUUUGCUUCAAGAGAUGCUGUGAAGCUGGUGUGUCGGAAGGAGCGUGCAACAGGAAGAACAUGACCACCACCCACAUGUCUGAAGUGCCAAGCAAGCCCAUCUAG